AAAAAAAAAAUCUGUGGGAAUCAAGAUUCCAGCGUGAGAUAAACGUUUGGGUGUCUGGCAUGGGAAAAGUAGAAGUGGUGUGUGUGGGCUUUAAAAUGAUGACGCUCACAGCUCGUCCCCCCCUGAGGAGUAAUGGGCUGUAACGUGGAGAGGCUGAGGCACAAGGAAGAGCACACAGCGCAACACGGCUUUAUCUGGAGACGUACACGAGCCAGAAGUGUCUCUCAGAAUCCAGGCUGCACAGCCACACUGUGCACACAAUGAAUAUCUUUUUCAAUUUGAGGGGGACAAUUGUGAGGCAAAUAGCAGAGGACAGAGCUAUGCCAGAGGCAGCCAUGAGCCCUCCGCGUCGAUCAUCGAGUUCCCAUAGUGACAGACUCUCCACUGAGACCUUGCAGAAGAACAACAGCAGUAACUCCGGUGUUAUUCUGGACAUCUCUGCUCUAAAGAUGGCAGAUGUGGAUUCAGAGGUGCCUCCUCUUCCACCUCGCUAUCGCUUCAGGGACCUAUUGCUUGGAGACCAGACGUUUCAGAAUGAUGACAGGUAUCAGGAGGAAUACAGUAUGGACUCAACUAAUGCUCAGGUGCAGGUGGAGUUCUAUGUGAAUGAGAAUACCUUCAAGGAGAGGCUGAAGCUUUUCUUCAUCAAAAACCAAAGGUCAAGCCUGAGAAUCCGCCUGUUUAACUUCUCUUUGAAGAUUCUCACCUGUGCUCUUUACAUACUGAGAGUCAGCCUGGACGACCCCAAAGAGGUCAACAACAACCCAUGUAUGAAGUGUUGGAACAGUUGGAACAAUAGUUCCACAAAUACCACAGAGCAGCAAGAAAUCAACUGGAAGUUGAUUUUGUGUGUUAACAGACGUGAACCUGUAUGGGCUAUACAGGUGACAGUGGCCUUAAUCAGUUUCUUGGAGACCAUGCUUAUCACAUAUCUGAGCUACAAGGGGAACAUUUGGGAGCAGAUCUUCCAGAUAUCCUUCAUAUUGGAGAUGAUCAAUUCAGUGCCAUUUAUAAUCACAAUUUUCUGGUCUCCUUUACGAAACAUAUUCGUCCCUGUAUUUCUUAACUGCUGGUUAGCCAAAGGCGCCCUGGAGAACAUGAUUAAUGACUUCCAUCGGGCCAUUCAGAGGACGCACUCUGCCAUGUUCAACCAGGUGGUCAUCCUCAUCUGCACCUUAUUUUGUCUGGUUUUCACCGGAGCUUGUGGGAUCCAGCAUUUAGAGAGAGCCGGGAAGAACCUCAACCUGUUUGACGCAUUAUAUUUCUGCAUCGUCACCUUCUCCACCGUGGGCUAUGGGGACGUCACACCGCAGAUCUGGCCUUCCCAGCUGCUGGUGGUCAUCCUCAUCUGUGUUGCACUGGUGGUGCUCCCAUUGCAGUUUGAAGAACUAGCUUACCUGUGGAUGGAGAGCCAGAAGCUUGGAGGGAACUACAGCCGCCACCGGGCACAGACGGAGAAGCAUGUGGUGUUGUGUGUCAGCUCGCUGAAGAUAGACCUGCUGAUGGAUUUCCUCAACGAGUUCUAUGCUCAUCCCAGACUACAGGACUACUAUGUGGUGAUCCUGUGUCCAACGGAGAUAGAUAUACAAGUACGUCGUAUACUGCAGAUCCCUCUGUGGUCCCAGAGGGUCAUCUACCUUCAAGGAUCUGCACUCAAAGACCAGGACCUGAUGAGAGCCAAGAUGGAUGAUGCAGAGGCCUGCUUCAUCCUCAGCAGCAGGAACGAAGUCGACAGAACUGCUGCCGAUCAUCAGACGAUUUUGAGAGCUUGGGCCGCUAAAGACUUUGCACCAAACUGCCCGCUCUAUGUCCAGAUUCUCAAACCGGAAAAUAAAUUCCAUGUCAAGUUUGCCGAUCAUGUUGUGUGUGAAGAGGAGUUCAAAUAUGCCAUGUUGGCCCUGAACUGUGUGUGUCCGGCCACGUCCACCUUAGUGACACUCCUGGUUCACACCUCCAGAGGACAAGAGGGACAACUGUCCCCAGAGCAGUGGCAGAGGACAUACGGACGCUGCUCUGGAAACGAGGUCUACCACAUCCGCUUGUGUGACAGCAAGUUUUUCGGGGAGUAUGAUGGGAAAAGCUUCACCUACGCAUCGUUCCACGCCCAUAAGAAGUAUGGUGUGUGCCUAAUCGGCGUCAAGAGGGAGGACAACAAAAGCAUCCUCCUGAAUCCCGGCCCCCGCCACAUCAUGGCCGCCACCGACACCUGCUACUACAUCAACAUCACCAAGGAGGAGAACUCAGCUUUUAUUUUCAAGCAGGAGGAGAAACAUAACAAGGGUCUGCCUGUCACCGGUCUGUACGAUGCCCCCUCCAGGCUGCCUGUGCACAGCAUCAUCGCAAGCAUGGUUGAUCAGGCCACAUCAUAUGGCACGGUAGCCAUAGAUCUGCAAAACCCAGAUCCUCCUGAGGAAAGCGGCAAGCUGACCUUGCCGACAGAGAACGGUGCCGGGAGCCGCCGACCGAGCAUCGCACCUGUGUUAGAAAUCGCUGACUCUUCUGCAAUUCUGCCCUGUGACCUCCUCAGCGACCAAUCAGAGGAUGAAACCAACCAGUCAGACGAAGAAGGUUCUGUAGGAUCAGAUUUUGUAAAGGGCUACCCUCCUAACUCGCCGUACAUCGGCAGUUCUCCAACUCUGUGCCACCUCCUGCCUCAGAAGGCUCCAUUCUGCUGCCUCCGUCUCGACAAGGGCUGUACGCAUAACAGCUUCGAGGACGCCAAAGCGUACGGCUUCAAGAAUAAGCUGAUUAUAGUUUCUGCGGAGACGGCAGGGAACGGACUCUACAACUUCAUUGUUCCUCUGAGAGCUUAUUAUCGACCCAGGAAGGAGCUCAACCCCAUAGUGCUGCUGCUGGACUAUCCGCCAGACAACCACUUCUUAGAGGCCAUUUGCUGCUUUCCAAUGGUUUACUUCAUGGCUGGCACAAUCGACAAUUUGGACAAUCUGCUCCAGUGUGGAAUAAUCUACGCUGACAACUUAGUGGUUGUGGAUAAGGAGAGCACCAUGAGCGCUGAAGAGGACUACAUGGCAGACGCUAAAACCAUCGUCAAUGUCCAGACUAUGUUCAGAUUGUUCCCCAGUCUCAGCAUCAUCACUGAGCUCACACAUCCAUCCAACAUGAGGUUCAUGCAGUUCAGAGCAAAGGACUGCUACUCACUCGCUCUGUCCAAACUGGAGAAGAUUGAGCGCGAUAAGGGCUCCAACCUGGCCUUCAUGUUUCGGCUGCCAUUUGCUGCAGGCAGGGUGUUUAGUAUCAGUAUGCUGGAUACACUGCUUUACCAGUCGUUUGUUAAGGAUUAUAUGAUCGCUAUUGCAAGACUUCUUCUUGGUCUUGACACCACGCCUGGUUCUGGGUAUCUCUGUGUUAUGAAGGUCACAGAGGAGGACCUGUGGAUCAGGACUUAUGGCAGACUGUUCCAGAAGCUCUGUUCCUCCAGCGCUGAGAUCCCCAUCGGGAUCUAUCGCACAGAGUCGCACAUGUUCUCCACCUCUGAGUGCAAGGACAGUUACGCACAGUCUCAGGUGUCGAUCAAUGUGGAGCAGGGUGAGGAGCAGCACAACCGUGGAGGGUCCUGGAAGGAGAGGACCACCCACAGAUACUCCACCACAAGCGACCAGUCAGAACACCCGCUGCUGAGGAAGAAGAGCAUGCAGUGGGCGCGGCGGCUGAGCAGGAAGAACGCCAAACCGUCGAGCAGGGCUGAGCGGAUCUCUCAGCAGAGGCUCAACCUGUACCGGCGCUCUGAGCGUCAGGAGCUGUCAGAGCUGGUCAAGAACCGCAUGAAGCACCUGGGCCUGCCCACCGUGGGAUAUGAGGAUGUUUCUAAUCUCACUGCGAGCGAUGUCAUGAAUCGAGUAAAUCUAGGAUAUUUGCAAGAGUUGCAGGACAUUUCAGAGCAACCAUAUACAGAGGGGACCAGGCUGCCAGGGCCACAAGCAGACGAGAUGAACGACCACCAGAACACGCUGUCCUACGUCCUCAUCAACCCUCCUCCUGACACCAUGUUGGAGCUCAACGACAUUGUGUACAUCAUUCGGUCCGACCCGCUGGCUCACAUGCCGGAGGACUCCCAGGUGGGACAGACCCGAGGCACCAGGAACCAGCAGGACUUUGGCACAGAGUCGAGAGACGAGACUCACCUCUGAAACGCCCCUCGGUCCCGGUCACCCCGACCCUUAACCUCCGAGCCCCUCCCAGGCCGACAGGGUUUGUUUGUCUCACACAGAUGAAGGUUGGUCUCGGGCCCUGAACAACAAACUGUUCAUAGUGAAUGUGCAUUAACGUGUCUCUCAGCCCAAGACCAGAAACAAUCAACAUUUACAGAAGACGGCCCUGAGAGAGCCACUGUGUCCCACUGAGCUGCUAUAGGAGGAUGCAUGAAGAGUGCCUCGUCAUCAACCCUGACUCCUCUCACCUUCUCUACUAACACACCUCACUGUCACAAAACAAUCUGAAACUGAGAACCAAGCACUGGAAACGGCUUUUCAGAAAGACGGACAAGUCUGACUGAGGCGUGUUGGACAGUCAAAGGAAGUUUCUGGAUGUGAGGUCAUGUUUUGUUUAGGGGUGAAGUUCUUCUAGGACUCAGGCACAGCCUCCCUACGCCUGGUCCUUACCCGGAGAGUCAAUGUUGGGCAACUACACCCGUCUCCAAAUUGUAUCGUUCAUGUUUUGCGAAGACAGGGGUAAAUGCCAUGAAUGUAAAGCGAUUCAAGCAUUUACAGUGGAAAUACCGUACAUGUGCACUUUUUUCUCAACGGACCAGUUUGUAGGAUUUAGUGGCAUCUAGAGGUGGGGUUGUAGAUUGCAGCCAACUGAAUACCUUUAACUUCUAAGGAGAAGCUACAAUGACUGACACGUCAACGUAAAAACCUCAGAUAUUCUCCUGACCCAGCGUUUGGCUUGCCUGUUCAGACAACCACAACUUGAAACUGAAGCCAAUGCAGUCGUAUCUAAAAGUGUAACAUUAAUGAUCACUAGAUGCAAUGAUUAAACGAUCCAGUGUGCGAUUGACUACUAUUAAAAAAAAAAAAAAAAAAAAAGUUGGAUUUCUGAGUCAAAAUCAGCAUUAAUGAAAGUUACAGGAAUAUACUGUUAACUGUAGAACUGUAGGACUUCUGUUUAAUUAGCACCGUCUACCGUUUUAACUGUGGUCAUGGUACUACGUUUCCAAAAUACUGUAGAACAUAUGAUCAUCAGCUGGUAUUGGUAACAAUGGAAAACUGACUAAAACUGUUAUUUUUUAUUCCACUGGAACCUGAUUAGCCCAGACAGUUAGGAGUCAAUCACUUUAUUUACACCCUUUUUAUACAACUAAUUUUCUAAUGAUUGUUUUUUUUUUUUUUUGUAAAUCUAAAUUAUUUUCUAAAUUAUUGUUUAAUAAGAUUUUAGGGCUCACUGACUAUGAAGUCUUACUUAUCAAAGCAAAAAGAUAAAAAACACAUUUUGUCAUGUGGUGAAGAAGUUGCAU